AUGAAGGCUGUCGGUUCACACGCCUUGGUGAGCAUACUACAGGAGUUCAUACAACUUAUGGUACUCUUCACUGUGAACAUGGUCCCCACUAGCGCUUGCUUUUUCAUCCUUCUGGCAUCUCACUCGAUGCUUCUUCGCCAAAAUGGCGCUGAGGCAGGGUCAAGCAAUGAGGCAGACGACACCUCGCUGUUGGAGCAGACGAAAUUGAAAAUUUUCGCCCUCGAAGCCAGAAUAAAGGCAGAUUGCGUCAACUGGCCUGAGCUUCUUGGCAAUCUACCGCCAACAUCGGCAAUUGUUGGGAAAAGGAACACAAAUGUCGAUUUGACACAACAGGUGAUCAACAUCCAGGAUGCUCAACAACUGUAUGGCGACAUGACCGCUUUGUACAGGAAUUGUUCUCGAGGGCCAAAGCCAAAGAAUUGCCCUUCAGAGCCAUGUUAUAACGGCGGAAGUUGUAUUGACGACGCUUUAGGAAGUGUGACUUGUGUCUGUACAUCUGGGUUUACUGGGAAAAAAUGUCAAACGGCAUUGACACCGGUCAGAAAUUGCCCGUCUGAGCCGUGCUAUAAUGGUGGUACUUGUAUUGACGACGCCUUUGGAAGUGUGACUUGUGUCUGUAGGCCUGGCUAUACUGGGAAGAAAUGUCAAACUUCAAGUUAA